AAAUUACCGUGGAAUCUGAGAAAAUAAAAUCAUAAUAAAUUGGACGCGAGAAAUAUAACCGAUGAGUAAACGUAGCCAUAGUCAACAGCUUUAUUCCUUCUUACCUUCUCACAUCCUCCGAUCCUCGUUAUCGUGCUCUCUUCCACGUUUCGCAUGUUUUCCAGUCUCGUAUGUCUCGCAUUUCCGGUUUUGUCUUGUGCCGGCCAGACUGAUGUAAUAAGUAAAACAUUAUUUUGAACGUACAUGACGAUUUUCUAACACUUAAAAUGAUUUAAGUGAUUUAUUUAGUUUAAACAGCAUUACUAAGUCAAAAAGAUAUAAUUGACUUCGGAGUAAAUUAAUCGGAGAAAAAAUAAUAUUUUUUAACCUAAAAGUUUACUGCAAUUAUUAAUUACAGAGAGUGAUUUGACGAGAAAUCUGACAUUUCUACAAUACAAAUAUCAAAGAUUUACUUGAUUACCCUGAAAGUGCUCUAAUACAAAGAUGCCGACUAUUGGAAUAAAACGUGACUUAUUGUUUGAAGCAUUGGGUAAAACAUAUUCUGAAGAUGAGUUUCAAGUGUUAUGCUUCAAAUUUGGUUUAGAGCUAGAUGAAGUAACAACAGAGAAACAAAUGAUAGCAAAAGAGCAAGGUUUUGACCAAGGUAUGGACGCCUCUGAAGAAAUUAUCUACAAAAUUGACAUACCUGCUAACAGAUAUGAUCUACUGUGUUUAGAGAGUCUAAGUACUGGGCUACUUAUAUUUUUAAAUAAGAUAUCCAUUCCACGUUUUACGGCAAUAAAACCGAAUAUAGGAAUGGAAAGGAUAGUGAUGAGCUCAGAAUGUUUAAAAGUAAGAGGACAUUUAGUUGCUGCAGUUUUGAGAGACAUUACCUUGACGCAAGAUUCCUAUAACAGUUUUAUUGAUUUACAAGAUAAGCUACAUCAGAAUAUAGGAAGAAAACGUACUCUUGUCUCUGUUGGCACUCAUGACUUGGACAAAAUUAAAGGUCCAUUUCUUUAUGACGCUAGACCACCAUCUAAGAUACAUUUUAAGCCACUCAAUCAAGAUAAAGAAUAUACAGGAGAAGAAAUUAUGCAGCUGUAUGCAACUCAUGCGCAACUUAAACAAUAUUUAUCCAUCAUAAAGGACAGUCCUGUUUAUCCUGUAAUAUAUGAUAGUAAUGGAGUUGUUUUAUCUCUGCCUCCCAUCAUCAAUGGAGAUCAUUCAAAGAUCACACUUGAUACAAAGAAUAUUUUUAUUGAAUGCACAGCAACCGAUCUUACAAAGGCGAAGAUAGUGGUGGAUACUAUAGUCUGUGCUUUCAGUCAGUAUUGUAAGGCGAAGUAUACAGCCGAAAUUGUGGAAGUGAUAUAUCCCGAUAAUCAAACUUUCUAUUAUCCAGAAUUAAAAUAUCGUACGGAAAAAAUCAAUUGUAAUAAAGCGAUUAAUUACAUUGGCAUUAAGCAGACACCAGAUCAAGUUGCAGAGUUAUUGUCAAAGAUGUCUCUAAAAUCCAAGGUGAAGGAUAAAGAUACGUUAGUGAUAGAAAUACCACCGACGAGACAUGAUGUGAUACAUGCUUGUGAUAUUUACGAAGACAUCGCCAUUGCCUAUGGAUAUAACGAAAUAGAGAAAACUAUACCACAAAUAUCGACAAUUGGAGCAGAAUUUCCACUUAACAAACUUACUGACUUAAUUCGGAUAGAAAUGGCCCAAGCAGGAUUUACCGAGGCAUUGACUUUCUCUUUGUGUUCGCGUGAGGAUGUAGCAGACAAAUUGGGAUACAAAAUAGAGGAUGUACCAGCAGUUCACAUAUCCAAUCCAAAAACUUUGGAGUUUCAGGUCGCGCGUACCUCACUUUUACCGGGAUUACUUAAAACGAUCGUUGCGAAUAAAAAAAUGCCUUUGCCUCACAAAUUAUUUGAAGUUUCCGACGUUGUAUUACGAGACGACAUGACGGAAGUCGGUGCGCGUAACAAUCGCCGUUUAUGCGCGAUAUAUGCUAAUAAAUCGGCUGGUUUCGAAAUAAUUCAUGGUCUAGUAGAUAGAGUAUUAUUGCUAUUAGAGGUACCCUGGAACCCUACCGAAGCCGAAGGUUGUAUGCGAUAUUAUCUACGCGCAGCUGAUGAUCCAAUGUAUUUUCCUCAACGAUGUGCAGAAAUUGUCUGUUAUGAUAAGGUGAUAGGAAAAAUGGGAGUUUUACAUCCCGAUGUAUUGUCAAAGUUUGAUUUAAAUAUUCCAUGUUCUGCGAUGGAAAUAAACAUUGAACCGUUUGUGUAAUAGAAGUAAGUAACGUGUAAAUAGUGGAGCUGGUACUUUUGCUGAAAUUUAGAUGUAGCUGUCUUCAUGAAUUGAUUUUUGUAAAAGAAUUUCUAAUAAGAUUUAUUUAUAACAAUUUUACAUUCUCAUAUGUAUUAAAAUAACUUAACAAAUAAAAUUUGAAAUAUAUUUAUUACAUGAUUGACA